AUGCAAAAAAGGCUUUCGGCGCAUGAGACUUUCCAUCCCACAGUUUUUAAUUAUUAUUAUUUAACAACACCAGUGGCACGGGCGAUUGGUAUCGACCUUGGUACAACUUAUUCGUGUGUUGGAAUAUUUGAACAUGCCAAGGUAGAAAUCAUUGCCAACGAUCAGGGAAAUCGUGCUACACCGUCGUAUGUGGCGUUUACCGAUUCAGAACGUCUAAUUGGAGAUGCCGCAAAAAAUCAAGUGGCAAUGAAUCCAAAUAACACUAUUUUUGAUGCUAAACGAUUAAUUGGAAGAAAAUAUAAUGAUCCAACCGUACAAGCCGAUAUGAAACAUUGUCCGUUCACUGUUAUCCAGGAAGGUGGAAAACCAAAAGUUCAAGGUGCAUAUAAAAACGAAACAAAGGCAUUCACACCCGAAGAAAUAUCAUCGAUGGAGCCGACGGCAGCUGCGUUUACCUACGGUUUAGACAAAAAAGUAGAUGGUGAAAGAAAUGUCUUGAUUUUCGAUUUGGGUGGUGGUACAUUUGAUGUGCUGAAAAUUGCGGGAGGUAUAUUUCAAGUCAAAUCGACAGCUGGUAAUACCCAUUUAGGAGGACCUCCUGUCGCUCCAUGGAAAAAUUAUUCCGAACACGGUUUUUCCUCAGCCAUAAGUCCUGAAUUGAAGCGUUUAUAG